GUCAACGCUACAUUACAAACUCAAAGGAGAAACAAAUUAACACAAACACGAGCACCAGCACCAUCACAAACACUCAAACUCGCACAUUUUAACUGAGACAAGAAGGAGAGGGGCGUUCUAUUUGGAGGACAAAGUUAAGUGUCACUUGGCAGAUGCUCCAUUUAAUUCGAGGAUAGGACACAAGAUACCCUUUCUUGCAUUCUGAUAUCACUUCCUGCUGAUUUAGUCGUUGCAAUGAGUAGUGCUCCUAAGAGAUCUCAUGAAGAGGGUGGUCACUCCUCUUCUUCUAAAUACCCACACGAAGAACCUGCCUCCUAUCCUAAGCUUACAUCUAGCGAAUACCAUCCCUCCUAUGACAUCACUCCCGAUGCUCGAAUUCCUAAAAUUCCUCGCACUGAGUCCCGUGAUGUCGAUAGAAGAUCACCUCUGCAUUCAGUCUAUCGAAUGCCAUCUUCCGCCAGUGAUUUGCACAUGGAUACACAUUCUCUUGCUCCUGAAAGCAGGCUGGAAUCAAGGGACUCCAAGGAAAAUAGAGACCACAGGGUUGAAAGCCGAGAUCCUAGGACUGAAGCAAGAGAUUUGCACAGCGAGCCUAAGAGGGAUUCCCAAAAUUUCAAAACUGAAAAAGAUUUAAGGUUUGAGGGUAGAGUUGAUGAUAGUAAGGAAAUUAAAUAUGACAAGGAUGCUUAUAAUGAUCCCAAGAAUGACUCCAAGAUGGAAAAGGAUGUUUUUGGUGUGACAGCUAGUCAGUUGAAUUGGAAAGAAUCAAAGGAAUACCAUAGAGGAAAGAGGUACUCUGAGUCCCCUGGUGGACAUGUAGAUCCUUGGCAUAUGUCACGUGGUAACUCCCAGGUUGCAAUUGAAAUUGGAAAAGAAGCCUCGACAACUGAAGAGAGGGAUUAUGCAGAAACACAUGAGGCUGUUGGCGAGAACAAAGUUGAUUUAAAAGGCGAGGAUAGAUUUAAAGAUAAGGAUAGGAAAAGGAAGGAUGUAAAACACCGGGAAUGGGGGGACAGAGACAGGGAAAGAAGUGAUCGUAGGAGUAACAUUCCAGGAGGAAAUAGCAGUGGUGAGGGCAAAGAAUCAGUGAGGGAAGAUAGAGAAGCAGAGAGGUGGGAGAGGGAUAGGGAGAGGAAGGAUCUUUCAAAGGACAGGGAAAGGCUAAAGGAGAAAGAAAAGGAUCAUACCAAGAGAGAAUCAUGGAAUGGUGCAGAGAAAGAAAUUUUGAACAAUGAGAAAGAAUCAGUCGAUGGAUCUGUGAGAGCGACAGAACAGGAAAAUCCAUCUUCAGAGCAGAAAAAACAGAAAGAUUUUGAUGGAUGGAAAAAUGUCGAUAGGGAAGUUAGAGACAGGAGGAAGGAAAGAGACCUUGACAUGGAAGGAGAUAGACCUGACAAGCGGACCCGAGUAUAUGAGAAAGAAUCAGAUGAUGGAUGUGCAGAUGGUGAAGGGACCACAGAAAGGGACAGGGAACUUUUUAACUAUGGUGUUCAGCAGCGCAAGCGGAUGCUUCGACCUAGGGGCAGCCCACAAAUGGCAAAUCGUGAGCCCCGUUUUAGGUCUCGUACUCAGGAAAAUGAAGGAUCUCAAGGAAAACCUGAGGUAGCCUCUGUUGUUUAUAAAGUUGGUGAAUGCAUGCAAGAUUUGAUAAAGUUGUGGAAGGAGUAUGAAUCAUCUCAGACUGAAAAAAAUGGUGAAAGUACCCUUAAUGGUCCCACUCUUGAAGUUAGGAUACCAGCAGAGCAUGUGAAUGCUACUAAUCGUCAAGUAAGAGGUGGCCAGCUAUGGGGGACAGAUAUAUACACAUAUGAUUCUGAUCUUGUUGCUGUUCUCAUGCAUACAGGUUACUUCCGCCCCACUGCUUCUCCUCCACCCGCCAUCCAAGAGUUGCGUGCUACUAUCCGAGUGUUGCCUCCGCAAGAUAGCUACACUUCUAUGCUGAGAAAUUAUCUUCGUUCUCGUUCCUGGGGAGCUGGAGCUGGAAUUGGCUGUAGUUACCGUGUUGAGCGCUGCUGCAUUGUGAAGAAAGGAGGUGGAACUAUUGAUCUUGAGCCUUGUCUUACACACACGUCAGCAGUUGAACCUACCCUUGCUCCUGUGGCUGUUGAGCGGACAAUGACUACAAGGGCUGCAGCUUCGAAUGCAUUGCGGCAGCAGAGAUUUGUGCGUGAAGUUACAGUACAGUACAACCUUUGCAAUGAACCAUGGAUAAAGUAUAGCAUUAGUAUUGUUGCGGACAAGGGUCUGAAAAAGCCCCUAUAUACUUCUGCACGGUUGAAGAAGGGAGAAGUUUUGUAUUUGGAGACACAUUCGUGCAGGUAUGAGCUCUGUUUUACUGGAGAGAAAAUGGUGAAAGCUACACAAUUGAUUCACGGACAUGAAGAGACAGUGAAGUCUCAUAAUCACCACACACAUUUCUCAAAUGGUGAAAAAAGUGAAUCUGAUAACAUUCUGAUUGAUAUUUUUCGGUGGUCGCGAUGUAAGAAGCCCCUUCCGCAGAAGGUCAUGCGUUCAGUAGGGAUCCCACUAUCCUCCGAGUAUGUUGAGGUAUUGGAGGAAAAUCUUGACUGGGAGGAUGUGCAGUGGUCACAAACUGGUGUUUGGAUAGCUGGGAAAGAAUACACACUAGCAAGGGUGCAUUUUCUCUCUCCAAAUUAGCUGUAUCUUUUGUGUUUCUCGUGUAUGUACAAGUACAACCAUUUUUCCUGAUGGGAUGUAUUGGUUAUUAAAUAAUUUAAAUGUUAAAUUACAAGGUUGCUGUUAA